AUGUGCCUCACCAGGGCUGGGCAGAGGGGCAAGGCUCACUUUCCCUGCACCUCUGGCCAUACCCCAUUCCUUUCUCCCUGCAGUGCAGUGCCCCUGGCCCAUGUGGAGGUGGAGGGUCGCAAGGAUCAGCCACCCCUUGUCCUGCUCCAUGGGCUCUUUGGCAGCCACAGCAACUUCCAGACAGUGGCCAAGACACUCGUGCGCCGUGGUAGUGGCAAGGUGCUGACAGUGGACGCCCGGAACCACGGCAGCAGCCCCCACAGCCCCGUGAUGACGUAUGAAGCGAUGAGCCUGGAUGUGCAGCACCUGCUGAGCCGCCUGGGCAUCACCAAAUGCAUCCUCGUGGGACACAGCAUGGGGGGCAAGACAGCCAUGACACUGGCCUUGCAGCGGCCAGACCUGGUGGAACGCCUCAUCUCUGUAGACAUUGGUCCUGGCUCGACCGCCCCUGUGUCCGAAUUCUCUGCCUACAUCUCGGCCAUGAAGGAGGUGAAGGUCCCAGCGGGGCUGUCCCGCUCGGCAGCACGCCAGCUGGCAGAUGACCAGCUGCAGCCCGUGGUCAAGCUCCCACAGCUGAGACAGUUCCUCCUCACCAACCUGGUGGAGGUGGAGGGCUGCUACGUGUGGCGGGUGAACCUGGAGGCUAUUUCCCGGCACCUGGCAGAUAUCAUGAACUUCCCUGUCUUCCAAAAGCCAUACCCUGGUCCUGCACUCUUCUUGGGAGGGUCCGACUCGCCCUAUAUCAGCUCCAGAGACUACCCAGAGAUCCAACGUCUCUUCCCCAAUGCAGAGAUCCAGUACAUUAAGGGUGCAGGCCACAUAGUCCAUCAGGAUAAAUUUGAAGAAUUCAUCACUGCUGUCCUCAAUUUCCUGCCACAGCUGUAGCACUGGGGACCAGGGUUUCUGCAGGGACCAUGUGGGUCCUGAGGAGCUCUGGACAGUGAUGCAGGGCUUGGGCUCUGAGGAUGGGCUCAGCUGGGACUGGCUGCCCUCACUGCAGUCUGAUCCUGCCUGCAAGACCUUCUCCCAUCCUGAUUCUUCUGCAGCCAGAGCAGAGAGGCACCUGCAUCCUGCUGAGAUCUCCUGCCACCUCUCAGGGACGUGGGGUGCCACUGGCUCAGGACACUGUCCUGCCUGCACAGGGGUGUCAGGCACACGGAGGGGGCAGGAGAGCCCUCUUGUUUUCCUGCUGCCAGAUCCUUCCAUGGAUCUGGCUGUGACUUUGCAGAAUGUGCAAUAAAGCUGAAUCCAUGCCAAGGCA